AUGGAGUCCUCACGAGGGCCUCCACGGGUCAAGAACAAGGCCGCCGCGCCUCAGCAGAUCUCCGCCGAGCAGCUUCUCCGAGAAGCCGUCGACCGACAGGAGCCCGGUCUCGCCGCGCCUACACAGCGAUUCGCGGAUCUCGAGGAACUUCAUGAGUACCAGGGCCGGAAACGAAAGGAAUUCGAGGACUAUGUACGCCGGAAUCGGCUUAAUAUGGGCAAUUGGUUCCGCUAUGCCGCCUGGGAACUGGAGCAGAAAGAGUACCGUCGCGCCCGUAGCGUGUUCGAGCGUGCGCUGGACGUGGAAAGCACGAAUAUUCAGCUAUGGCUCCGCUACAUCGAUGCCGAGAUGAAGGAGAGGAACAUCAACCAUGCGCGGAAUUUGCUCGACCGAGCUGUGACCAUUCAGCCAAGAAUCGACAAGCUGUGGUACAAGUAUGUGUACAUGGAGGAGAUGCUGGGUAAUGUCCCUGGGACAAGACAGGUCUUUGAGCGGUGGAUGUCGUGGGAACCGGAGGAGGCGGCUUGGAGCGCGUAUAUCAAGUUGGAGAAGCGCUAUGGCGAAUACGAAAGAGCAAGGAACAUCUUCGAACGCUUCACAAUCGUACACCCGGAGUCUCGGAACUGGAUCAAGUGGGCCCGUUUUGAGGAAGAAAAUGGCACGAGCGACUUGGUGAGAGAGGUGUUCGGUAUGGCGAUUGAGACUCUCGGCGACGAAUUCAUGGAUGAGAAGCUCUUUAUUGCGUACGCCAGGUUCGAAGCAAAGUUGAAGGAGUAUGAGCGUGCUCGCGCCAUCUACAAAUAUGCUCUGGACCGCAUGCCCCGAUCAAAAUCGGCAAUUCUGCACAAAUCUUAUACCACGUUCGAGAAGCAGUUCGGCGAUCGCGAAGGUGUGGAAGAUGUCGUAUUGAGUAAACGCCGAGUUCUCUACGAGGAGCAGGUGAAGGAGAAUCCCAAGAAUUACGAUUCGUGGUUUGACUACGCACGAUUGGAGGAGUCCAGCGGUGACCCUGAUCGUGUGAGAGACGUAUACGAGCGUGCGAUCGCCCAAUUACCACCAUCACAGGAAAAGCGACACUGGCGACGAUACAUUUACCUCUGGAUCUUCUACGCACUGUACGAGGAGCUUGAGACCAAGGACGUUUCCCGCGCCGCUCAAGUCUACGACGAAGCUCUGAAGAUUCUACCUCACAAGAAAUUCACCUUUGCGAAAAUCUGGAUACUCAAGGCACACUUCCAUCUUCGUCAAGCAGACCUCACUCAAGCACGCAGGACACUUGGAACCGCGAUUGGCAUGUGCCCGAAGAAUCGCCUCUUCCGAGCCUACAUCGACAUGGAACUCAAGCUCUUCGAAUUUGUGCGGUGCCGGACCUUGUACGAGAAAUGGAUCGAGUUCGAUGCUAGCAACAGUCAAGCCUGGAUCAAGUUUGCCGAGCUGGAGCGCGGGUUGGAAGAUCUCGACCGGACACGAGGCAUAUUCGAGCUGGCGACGCAGCAGGAGGUUUUGGACAUGCCGGAGUUGGUGUGGAAGGCAUACAUCGACUUUGAGGAGGAAGAAGGAGAGUUUGAACGCACCCGCGAGCUGUAUGAAAGACUCCUGGCGAAAACGGAUCAUGUCAAGGUCUGGGUCAGCUAUGCGCACUUCGAGAUCAACGUGCCGGACGCUGCAGAAGAGGAGAUGGACGAGGACGAAGAGGCGCCUAUAUCAGAUGCUGCCAAGGCCAGAGCACGCGCCAUCUUCGACCGAGCACACAAAUUGUACAGGGACCGCAAUCUCGUCGAUGAACGUGUGGCAUUGCUCCAGGCCUGGGAUGGCUUCGAGACCACGCAUGGUUCGGAUGAGGACAAGGAGAAGGUCAAGAAGAUGCUGCCGAGACGGGUCAAGAAGCGGAGAAAGUUGGACGAUGACUCCUUUGAGGAGUACCUCGACUUUGUCUUCCCUAACGACGACGAGAGCAGUCGGAAUAUCAGCAAGCUUUUGCUGCGUGCUCAGAAAUGGAAAGAGCAAAUGGCAGCUGCUGGGAAUGGGGACGCAUAG